AUGAGGACACAUUUUGACGAGCUAAAGGUGAUAAUUCAGCAAAACAAGCCAAAACUGGUGAUUUUGACAGAAACACACUUGACUUCACAACAUGAUCUUGACGAGUACGAGAUUCAGAACUAUAGGAGAAGCGUGUGUUUGUCCAGGUCAGCCCACACGGGAGGGGUUCUAAUAUACGUGGAUGAUCGUGUUGACUUCGAGACAAUUUCCGACUUUGUAGCUGGUGACAAUUGGUUCCUGGCAAUUGACGUCAAAAGCCCAACUCUGAAUGGAAUCUACGGAGGAGUAUAUCACUCACCGAGCAGCAGUGACACUAGUUUUAUCGGAAGUCUGGAAACAUGGCUCAGGAGCGUCUUUGUAGAAGAUAGGACGAACAUUUUCGCUGGGGAUUUCAACAUAAGAUGGAACGAGCCCGGUUACUCGCGUGAGCUGAGAAACGUUACGGAGGCUUUGGGGAUGAAGCAGUUAGUGUCUGAACCUACCCGUGUUGGUCCUAGCAGCAGCACAAUGAUAGAUCUCGUGUUUACAAAUAUGGUGGGUGGAGAUGCACGUGUUGUAGAGGAGCUGAAAAUUUCCGAUCAUGAAACAAUUGGAAUCAACCCCGGGAAAAGCAGCGUGCAUCUUUCCGAACGCAGCAAGACCCGGAUUAGUUGGAGGCGGUACUCUAAGGAGAAACUGCAGGAGAUUCUCCUUUCGAACCGAAGUCGAGCGGAUCCAAUGGCGUCAGUAAACGAAGCCGGAGAGAAAUUUGACGCAGAAAUUGUGGCAGCCGUUGGAAGUCUCGUCGAUGUCCGCUUCGAUGAGCGUUCAGACCCACAUGACUGGUACGGGGAUCAGCUUUCAACACUCAAAACUUUGAGAGACGAUGCCUAUCGGAAGUUUAAGAGCACCAAGUUGAACUCGUCAAUCAACAACGAAAUAAGGAGCUGCGGCGGCGAUUCAAAGAAGCUGUGGAGGUGUUUAAAAUCGCUUAUCCAGCCUGGAGGACAGCCGCCAACUGAGAUAGUGUUUGGAGGACCACGAGGAGAUGCUGAGACGGCGACGCUUCUGAACGAGUUCUUUGUACAGAGUGUGGAGGAGAUACAUGGAAAGAUUCCACCAACGGCAUUUACGCCGCCGACGACAGGAGGGACGGAACACAAAGAGUUGUUGAGUAACUUUGAACCGAUCACAAUGAACAAACUGAAGGAAACGAAUCCGGAGGACCACAGACCCAUCAACAUGUUGCCGCUGUACGAGAAGGUCAUGGAGAUAAUCGUGAAGGAACAACUGUUAGCGUUCAUUGACCGUACUGGUGUGCUGCUGAAGGAACAAUCUGGUUUUCGGAAAAAUCACUCUUGUGAAUCGGCGCUGAACCUGUUGCUGUUGAAGUGGAAGCAGUGUAUUGAAGAAGGAAGAGUUGUUCUAUCAGUCUUCGUGGAUCUGAAGCGGGCCUUCGAAACCAUUGACCGGACGAAACUAAUAGGUGUUCUCAAGAAAAGUGGAAUACGGGGCACGGUACUAAAAUGGUUCAGCAGUUACCUGGAGAACCGGACGCAAGUGACAAGGUACAAUAGCGCGGUGUCAUCAGAAACAGCAGUCAAGCUCGGAGUACCGCAAGGAAGCGUGCUAGGCCCACUACUGUUCAUACUGUACAUAAACGACAUUAAACAGGCACUGAGGAGAGUACAGGUGAACCUGUUCGCCGAUGACACAGUUUUGUUUGUGAUUGGUGACAGCUUCGACGAGUGCUUUGACAUCAUGAACGAAGAGCUAGUAGGAUUCACGGAAUGGUUGAAAUGGAAGAAGCUGCAGUUGAACAUCGCGAAGACGAAGUGCAUGGUAGUGACGACACGGAAAACCAACGACUGCAGACGGUGUGUACAGAUGGAUGGAGGAGUUGUGGAGCGGGUUGAGACGAUGAAGUACCUCGGAGUCAUCAAUCUCCUCCGGAUGACGGUUACGCGACCUCCGGUCGCUUACACGGAUCACGGUUCCCGAUCCUGGAACUCGGUAGCGGUUGAUGUGCGCGGCUUCUGGUGGACCCGUCCGAACGUCCUGUGCUCCUCCCAAUAUAGUGACGGAUUGGGACUUCGGCCGGUGUUGACGGUUGGCCGGAACAUUGCCCGUAAUCGAGCACCAAGGGCGUGGACACAUCGAGGUUGUUGGGUUUCACAGGGACAUCACGGAAGCGUCCGAAACGUCCGGCUCCGAUGGCACUCCGUCGGCCAAGGAUGA